GCCGACAAAAGCCGUGGGAGCGGCGGUGCAGGCGCUGCUCGUCCCGACCCGCCCGGCCAGUUCUGCCGCCCGCUGCCAGACAUGACACAGGACUACGACAAUAAAAGACCCGUGUUGGUUCUUCAGAAUGAUUCUCUCUACUCUCAGAGACGUCCUUACACCAAUGAAGAUGAGGCCUGGAAAACCUUUCUUGAAAAUCCCCUUACAGCAGCUACCAAAGCUAUGAUGAGCAUCAAUGGGGAUGAAGACAGCGCAGCUGCCCUGGGACUGCUGUAUGAUUACUACAAGGUUCCAAGAGAGAGGAGAUCUUCAACAGCUAAACCAGAGGUAGAACAUCCUGAACAAGACCAUAGCAAAAGGAACAGCAUCCCAAAUGUGACAGAACAGUCGCUCAUUUCUGCUGGAGAAAACAGAGUCCAGGUUCUGAAAAAUGUGCCUUUCAAUAUUGUCCUUCCACACACUCCCCAGAUGGGCAUGGACAAGCGAGGCCACCUCACAACCCCUGACACAACAGUCACCGUUUCGAUUGCCACAAUGCCCACCCAUUCCAUCAAAACGGAGACGCAGCCCCAUGGCUUUGCCGUGGGCAUCCCACCGAGUGUCUACCACCCCGAGCCCCCUGAGCGAGUGGUGGUCUUCGACAGGAACCUCAAUCCUGACCAGUUCAGUUCCAACACCCAGCCCCAAAACUCCCAGAGGCGAACACCAGACUCCACCUUCUCGGAGACUUUCAAGGAGGGCGUGCAAGAGGUUUUCUUUCCUACUGAAUUGAAUCUGCGAAUGGCCAACAUGAAUUCAGAAGACUAUGUUUUUGACAGCAUUUCUGGGAAUAACUUUGAAUACACUCUGGAAGCCUCCAAGUCCCUCCGACAGAAGCCUGGGGACAGCACAAUGACUUACUUGAACAAAGGUCAAUUUUACCCCAUCACGCUGAAAGAAGUCAGCAGCAGUGAAGGAAUCCAUCACCCCAUCAGUAAAGUCCGAAGUGUCAUUAUGGUCGUGUUUGCUGAAGACAAAACAAGGGAAGAUCAGCUCAGGCACUGGAAAUACUGGCACUCAAGGCAGCACACGGCCAAACAAAGAUGCAUUGACAUAGCUGACUACAAGGAGAGCUUUAACACCAUCAGUAACAUCGAGGAGAUCGCGUACAAUGCCAUAUCCUUCACUUGGGACAUCAAUGAGGAAGCGAAGGUUUUCAUUUCUGUGAACUGCCUCAGCACAGACUUCUCCUCUCAGAAGGGAGUUAAAGGCCUGCCCCUGAAUCUUCAGAUUGACACCUACAGCUACAAUAACAGGAGUAACAAACCUGUCCACAGAGCCUACUGCCAAAUUAAAGUCUUCUGUGACAAGGGAGCAGAGAGGAAGAUCAGGGAUGAAGAGCGAAAGCAAAGCAAAAGAAAAGGCAAGUGCACUGAUCCCAGCUCUCAGUUGAAUGCCUUUUCUGAUGUCAAAGUGCCUAUGCUUCCCUCACACAAACGUACCGACAUCACCAUCUUCAAGCCCUUCAUGGAUCUGGACACUCAGCCUGUCCUUUUCAUUCCUGACGUUCACUUUGCAAACCUCCAGCGUGGAGCUCACGUCCUUCCUGUUGCUUCAGAAGAACUGGAGGGUGAAAGCUCCAACCUGAAGAGAGGAGCUUAUAUUGGUGAAGAGGACUUCAUUGCUACUCCAAAUAAGAUGGCCAGAAUAGAAGAGCCAAAAAGAGUGUUGCUGUAUGUCCGAAAAGAGUCAGAGGAAGUGUUUGAUGCACUAAUGUUAAAGACACCAUCUCUGAAAGGCCUAAUGGAAGCGAUAUCUGACAAGUAUGACGUUCCUUUUGAUAAAAUAGGAAAAAUCUUCAAAAAGUGUAAAAAAGGAAUUCUGGUCAACAUGGAUGAUAACAUUGUGAAACACUAUUCUAACGAAGAUACCUUCCAGUUGCAGAUUGAAGAAGUUGGAGGAUCUUAUAAGCUCACUCUGACUGAGAUCUAAAAUCACAGAUCCUCUGUGGAUUUUAAACAAAGGUCUCAAGUGAACACUUUCCCAUAAUUCAGCAUGUUGGGCAAAACACUAAUGACCUUCUCCAGAAGAAAGCCAUGUGUUGACUUGUUCUGGGGAGCAGAGCAGUGGUUUUGCUUAAUACAUUUGUGUUUCUGUUCUUGCUCAUGACCUUGUUUGCACUUGAAAUGAGCGAGCAAAGAUCUGCAAUUAAAUGGAGAGCAUGUAUAUAUUUAUACUAGUGUAUAAAACACUAGUAAAUACAGGAGGGUAAAACUCCUGGAAGGUGGCCUUUUAGACUGGUGAUAUCUUAUUUAUCUAUUCAGUAACCAUGUUUGAGCCCUUUAUCAGCUAAUACCAUUUUACUGGACUGUUUUCUGCUAGGUACAGCUGCACAACUACUAAUUAAUAUUAGUAGGAGUUGCAUGCAGGUUGGACAAAAGUCUUUAUAAUGUUUACUUGUGACCAGGGCAGACUGUUGAAAUCCUUUGUGUCACUGUGGGGGAACAUAAAACUGCCUUGCUUAUGAAGAA